AUGCUGCGCUUCCCCGUGAAGAAGAUCCGGAAGCAGUUCAAGCUCCUGCUGCUGCUGGUGCUGCUCACCUCCGCCGUGUGGUUCACCUACCUGCACAUCAACCAGGGCAAGACCAUCAAACUCCACUUCAACUACGGAAAAGAUGGAGACAGACAGACAGAGGGGACGGACGCCAGCCGCAAGAGGGACGCUCGCUCCUCGGCCGGCCACCACAAGAGCGAGGACACCAGCGACAGCAGGGAGGACGAGGCUGCAGAUGAUGAGGCAUUCACAGGAGGGGCUGAUGGCAGAGACCAUACCCACAUCCGGAAGUUCCUCAGCCAGCACCACAAGAAGUUGCCAUGGAAGCCAGAGUAUAAGGGCCAGGCCAACCUGCAUGUGUUUGAGGACUGGUGUGGCUCCUCUAUAGCCCAGCUCAGAAAGAACCUGCACUUCCCUCUCUACCCUCAUACCAGAACCACAUUGAGGAAGUUGGCAGUGGCUCCGAAGUGGAAAAACUACGGCCUGAGAAUAUUUGGCUUCCUCCACCCUUACAGAGAUGGAGAUUUCCAGUUCUCGGUAUCGUCUGAUGAUAACUCUGAGUUCUGGCUGAGUCCUGAUGAGAGCCCUCUCAACGCCAGACUCCUGGUCUAUGUAGGACAGCUGGGUACAGAGUGGACUGCUCCAGGCGAGUUCAGCAAGUUCAGGUCCCAGUCCUCCAAGUCUGUGCACCUGAUCUCGUCCAGACAAUACUACUUUGAGAUACUCCACAAGCAGGACGACAAGGGCUCGGAUCACGUGGAGGUCGGGUGGCGUCCAUUCCUCCCUGGUCUGAAAUAUGAAGUGAUAGACUCAGCCUACAUCUCCCUGUAUGCAGAUGAGUCUAAUCUGAAGAUGAACAGUGUCGAUCACAUCCCCCAGACCUUGGCCAGUCACAUUCGUCUCCCAGAGGACUCUCAGCCACAGGGUCUAGAGGGAGGCAGCAUCGUGCAGCACGGAGCAGAUAUGCUGAAGCCGGACCCCAGGGACACCUUCUACAGCACUCCUAUGAUCGACCCCUCCCGACUGGAAAACAUUCUUCCGGCCUGUCUCUACUCUCCAACCUAUGUGGUCAAAGAUUUUCCCAUUGCCAGAUACCAGGGCCUGCAGUUUGUCUACCUAUCCUUCGUUUACCCCAAUGACUUCACACGUCUCACCCACAUGGAGCGAGAGAACAAGUGUUUCUACAGAGAGUCCCCUAUCUACUUGGAGAAGUUUGGUUUCUACAAAUAUAUGAAGAUGGAUGAGGAGGAAGACGACAGACCGUUUUUCUUCCCCAACCCAGAUGAUUUCCUGGAGGAAGAGGAGGUGGUAGAUACAGAGGAUGAGGCAGAGAUCGUUGGCACUCAGCCGCCCAAGAAGCCCUCUCAUCCCAGCCAGACCAGCCACACUUCCAACCCCUCCCACCAGCACUCAAAGCCUGGGCCCACACAAGGUGGCAGAGAGGGGGAAGCGGAGGAGGAGGACCCCGAUGAAGACGAGGAGGGAGCAGUCAACAGCAUCAUACGCCACAGAGAAAGGAGGCACUUUCCUCACAGAGAUGGACAGAUUGGUAGGGAUCUGGACAGAGACUGGGGAAGGGAUCAUACAAGAGGCAACAUGAGACACGAUACUAGGAGGGGACUUGAAGAGCCUCAAUCCAGGGCGUUUCAGCCUGACAUGGACAGUGUGGUCCGGGGUCGCUCCCUGUCUUGGAUACGCACUGGUCCUGCAGAGUUGGGCCCUGGCAGGAAAGGAGGAGGAACAGGUGGUGGAGGAGGAGGACUACCAGGUGGUGGUGGAGGAGGAGGAGGAGAGAAAGGAGUUGAGACUCCGCCUAAACUGAGCAAGUCGACACUCCUUUUCCCCCAAAAGUCCUCCCUCUCUGCCCUUGCCAGCCGAGCCAAGCAGAUCCUCAGCAACUCCGCCCAUAGCAACAACCUCCAAAUGAACAACAAUAAACUCACUGGAAACAAGAAGGAGAAGAGGGAGGAGAACAAGAUUUACAUCACCAGGCCUCGACCUGCCAAGGAGAGGGAGAGGGAGAGGGAGCAGCGACGAGAGAGGAGAGAGGAGAGGGCAUCUCACCACCCUAGAGAGGUGUUCCCGGGGGUCUUUCUGUACCAAACUGGCAAGACCACUAGACUGGUCAACCUGGGUGCCAAAGGACAUGCUGGGGGAGGCAUAACAGGAGUUAAAAGUCUUGUCAGUGCCCCUCAGCUUUGGCCCAAUCCCCCAACAAAGGAAGGGAAGACAUCUCCUCACAAUGGAAGCAUCAACACACAGAAUGAAAGUGUACAGAAGUCUGCCAACAGGGCAGCAGGGGCAAAACCGGUGAAAAGCAAGAGGAAGGGGGAGCGCCAGAAUUUAAAGACUACUGUAACUGCUGACCUGCCCAGCAAGGGGGACCCAGUAACCCCACUGUCCCAUCAUCAAGAAGCCCCUUCACCUCCAGUUACCCCACCAAAGUUAAACUCCACAGAAAACAUGCUCCAGGGUCAAUCACGUGUUACCUCUUACCUCAGGACCUCUGAGAUCACAGAGUCCCAGCAGCAGCCAGACCCAGACCCCAAUCCGGCAGAGCUCGACCAGGAUGCAAACCGCUCUAAUCCUGACCCCGACCCUGAUCCUGAGCCAGAACCAGAAGAGGGCGAGAUGUCGGACUACAGCUACGAGGAGGUAGAGGCCCGGCCAGGGUGGGCAGAGGAGAGCAUCAACUGGCAGAGGACCUUCUCAGUCAAUCCGAUGGACUUUGAGCUGCUGCGCUCUGACUGGAAUGACCUGCGCUGCAAUGUGUCCGGCAACCUCCAGCUGGCAGAGAGUGAAGUGGUGGAUGUGCUGGCACAGUACAUGGAGAAACUCAACGAACGCAACGGAGGAAUCUACACCCUGCUGCGAAUCAUCAACGUCGAGAAGCGGCGUGACUCGGCGAGAGGGAACCGUUACCUGGUGGAGCUGGAGCUGAUGGAGAGAGGCCGCAGCGUGGUGCGUCUGUCGGAAUACAUUUACCUGCUGCUCCACCGCAGCAGACAAGGAGAGGAGAGUCUAGAGAACACUGACUUCGCCCCGGCCUCGGUACCGGCGUCGGCCCCGUCCGCUGCGACGUCCAGCCUCGCCACCCCAGCGCCAGCUCCCUCCACCAGGUCCCCCGCCCGGCCCGGAGCCACCCCCUGGAGCACCGCCUAUGCUAAGCCUUUGCUCUGCCAGCCGGUCAUGCUGCAGUGGAGGAAAGAUGUCAUGGUGCACUUUGUGGUGCCAGUGAAAAACCAGGCUCGCUGGGUACAGCAGUUUAUCUCUGACAUGGAGAAUCUUCAUCGCCAAACAAAGGAUGACAAUUUCAGCAUCAUCAUUGUCGACUUUGAGAGCGAAGACAUGGACGUGGAGCAGGCGCUUAGGGAGAGCGGCGUGCCAAGAUAUGAGUAUUUAAGGAGGGAAGGAAACUUUGAGCGCUCGGCUGGACUGCAGAUCGGAGUGGACACUAUCGAGGAUAGUCACAGCAUCGUGUUCCUGUGUGAUCUGCACAUCCACUUCCCUCUCAACAUCCUGGAAAGCAUCAGGAAGCACUGUGUGGAGGGACGCCUCGCUUUUGCUCCCAUUGUCAUGAGACUCGGCUGCGGCAGUUCGCCACAUGAGCCUGAUGGCUACUGGGAGGUAAACGGCUUCGGCCUGUUUGGAAUCUAUAAAUCUGAUUUUGAUAAGAUUGGAGGCAUGAACACCGAGGAGUUCAAAGACCGCUGGGGUGGAGAGGACUGGGAGCUGCUGGACAGGGUACUGCAGAAUGGUUUGGAGGUUGAGAGACUACGCUUGAGAAACUUCUUUCACUACUACCACUCCAAACGAGGCAUGUGGAACGCCCAAAACAAAAAAACUCCCAAGGGAUAGCGCCUCCCCUGGUGGUC